CGUCGAACGAAAACCAAAACACUAACAAACAAAUAAAUUCCAAUCUAAGCAAACUCGUAGAUAGACACUUAGUUUAAACAUCAUGCCUCGUAGAUAUACAACAAAGUUACAGCUGGAGAAGCUCCAAGGAACGAUUGAAUCCCUUGAGUCCAGUAAUCGUAGUGAGGCAGGAAAUUCUGCGAGCGAUUUGGAUGAGGAAGAAGAGCAAGAUGACAGCGAACAGCAGCCGAAGCGUAGUUUGCUGGAGAAUACAGCGCAUCACACACAUCCAGCCUUCAAUCAAGGAUUGGGACAGAACUCUGUUCAAGAUCGACAGCUGAAUAUAUUCCCCAGCUGCGCCUACACCGUGGCUUUGCCCGUCUAUGUCUCCAGCCAGAGCACGCCCAUUGUGGAGCCGUGCCAUCAGCGACCGGCUACCCAUGAUGAAUGGAUGCGCAAUGUGCAUUACAACAAGUCCAGAUACUUGACUCAAACUGCCCAGCAAAAGCAGCGCCAAAAGAAACAUGAUAACCAGAUAUACAAUAUUCAUCUGUUCGAUUUGGCGGAGAAUAUAGCGUUGCAGGAUAAUACCUACUUUCGGGACAGCUAUGACUACUAUUACACGGGCGGUAAUCUAAAUCUGUUGUCCUACUCGGCUGCUGGAUGCCCGGAAGCCAAGCCGCUGGCUAUGCACGUCUCUGGCGAACGGCUGCAGUGUCUCCAUUUCUCACAGGUGGGCGUGGAGGCGGAACUGUGGCGACCACUGCACAGCGAAUCACUGACGGACAUGUCCAGCGAGAUCUUUGAGCUGUUGCCAAUCAACAGUUUUCGCGUGAAUCAUGGCAACAUGUUUCUGGCGCGCAUGCUAAACGAUAUAGUCAUCUAUGAGCUAAAGGAGCUGGACGAAGUGCAGAAUGCGGAUGAAGAUGAGAAUGAGGAUGGUCAUGAGCAAGCUAGCAAAUAUGAAUUAUGCUGCCAGAGUCGAUACACCAGCCAGGAUGGACCCUUCAUUAGCGUGGCCCAGGCAACGAAUAGUCCAAAUACAUUGGGCAUUGCGUGCCAGGAUCACAGUGUGCGCUUCAAGGAUAUCGUCACCCAGCAGGAGAUAACGCAGCGUGAGGUGUGCAUCCUGAAAGGCAUACACAGGAGCAGCACCUGGGCACAGCUGCGCGCCAGCGAGGAGCACUGCUUCCACUAUCUCUGCCAAUCCGCCCUGCUCACCAUCGACCUGCGCUCUGCCAACGAGGCAAUCAAUCCCUGCUUUGCCAGCAGCGCCUAUUCGUCGAACUGCGAGAGCUUCAGUUGUAUGGGAAAGAGUGUGAAUCCCAAUCUGCUGUAUGUGGCAAGCAAUCAUAAGCUUCACUGUCUGGACAUGCGUUGUAUGGGCAAGAAGGUAGCGGAUCGUGCCGUUGUCACCUGGACGCAUCAGAUGAGCUAUUCGCCCACCUUCAUGGAUGCCAUUGCGUACGAGGGCAGCGAAUAUGUGGCGAUGAGCAGCGCCAAACCCAGUGAUCAGCGAGUCUGCGAGCUAAAAGGAGUUCUGGCGCAGAGCCACAUGGAGAUGUGGUCCCCCUCCUUGCCCUAUGAGCCGCCCCAGCUGGAAGAGGCGUUGCUGCAGGCACGGCUACAGGGUGUGAGCGUGGACAUCUAUUCGGAUCUGGCGGAGCGCAUCAAAUGCUGCACCACCGGCAUCAAGUUCCACAGGCUGGACAAUGCCAUUGAUGGCGCCUUCGCUCAGCUGCUCACCGCCAACAGCGUGGGCGACAUUCAUUGCCAGCGGGUGACGCUGCGCGAUGAGCUGGAGAUGCAGCGCGAACAGCGCACUGGAGUGCACACUAAGGAGGCGAUACUCUACUAUGCGGAGCUGGUGCGUCAUCAUGUAAAAAGGAAACUCCGCUGUACGACAGUUCAACCCAUGUCUGUGCUGCGGGACGUGAUGAAGUCCGAAAACGAAAGGUACGCGGAGCAGGAGAAGCCGGUGGUCAUUGAGGAUGUGACCAUCAACUAUGGCUUUACUGAGUCCGAGCCGGAGUCCACGACCGACGACGAAGGGAACAGCGAAGAACAAGAAACGCAACCAACAAAUAGUCAAAGUCAAGAAGUGACCCAGAAAGAGGAGACUCCUCCCGCAGAGACCCCACCCGAAGAGACUCCACCCGCAGAGACUAAGCCAAACGAGGAUCAGAAAGUCAUCAAGAAGAAGAAAGCUGUGAAUCGUGGUCCCUGGCAAAAGUCGGCCUAUUAUCUAAGCCGUUUCACGGACCUCAUCAGCACGCGCCUGCUCAGCAUCUGGGAUGUGGAUGAGUUCGAGCUGACGCGAGAUGUCCAAAUCGAUAUGAUCGAUGAGAAGCUAAAGAAAGACGAUGAUGGGAAGGCGAACGAAGACCGAACAGCUGCCUGGUUGCAGCAAUCGCUGCCGCCCACAGAGCUGCUGACAGCUGCAGCAGCCAGGGAUGAUGAGAAACUGGUGCCGGGCACAAAUCUGCCCAAGCGCUACCAAGCCGCCUACGCCGACUACAAAGAACUGCUGCCAGAGACAAUCGAUAUGGAGGAAUUAAAAACACCGAAAAUCGAAGAAACUUCAUUUGAUGAAAGUUUCAACUUUACCAGACAGCCGCACUCCACGUUGACAGCGAGUCAAUUCACGGUGAUUGAGAAUACGCCGGAGAUGAGACCGCCGCCAGCCAAAAAAGCCAAGACUAAACAUGUUAUGGGCUUCUAAGGAGCUCAGCUCUGGACAACAAACACACACAAGACACGACACAACAACUUCAAUAACCCGUUCGACACAACUUUAAUUCCUUAAUCUAUUUUACAGAUUAAGCCAUUAAGUCAGAUCAUCCAUAUAAGUCAGAUC